AUAUUUGUUUAUAGUAUAAAAGCAAAUGGACUCUCUGUUUCUAUGAGCUCAUUGGAAACGUCGACAAAACCGCAAGCAAAUUAUUUAAAAAUGAAGCCGAUACUUUGGCAAAAGUCUCAUGCAGGCAAUGCUUCGAAAAAUUUCGCAGCAGUAAAUAAACAGCAAUCGCUGCUAAAUGUUUUUAAUAACGAACAGCGUGCACGAAGCCCUAGCAGUCCGAGUAGAUUUGGCAGCCGUAUCCUUAAACCGGACAAAACAUAUGAGCACAUCGCCUUGGCUAAAACCGGAUCGGCGAGUGAUGUCCUCCAUGGACAGAAACGCGCCAUACCCGCCAUUCGGUGCGAUUGCAAUGUUGACGAGUAUGUAAAGAUGACUAAUUCAAAUGCUUUUACACGCUCUUCACCAAACAUAGCACCGAAAAUGCCUUUACCAAGCUCGUAUUCCAUAAGCACUAAUGCCACAAUAUAUCAGCGACAGCGGUAUGUGGAUGAGUAUGUAGAAAUGACUGAUUUAAAUACUACUAUUACAUGCUCGACAUCAAGCAUUUCAUCGCCGAAAAAACCAAUACCAAGCCCGCGUUCCAUAAGAACCAAUGACUAUGCCAAUAUCAAUAUCAAUCACAUUUUAACCACAUCAAAUUCAAAUAUUAAUCGCACGCAAUCGGCAGCAGUGUUAUCACUAUCAACGUCGCGGGAAUUACAGACACAAAGCCCACCGACGCAGCCAUUAAUUGCAGAAGCUGCCAAGAAAGACGCAAACAACAAUAACAAUUAUCUUAAUGGUUGCAAAAACGUAAGUGAUAAGAAGCAUUCGCCUACACCCGACUUCCCGCCGCCAUCGGUUUCUCAAGCGGAGCACACAAUACUCGAAUUUAUGCGUCCCCGAAGUGUGCAGAGCAAACGACAAUCCGUAGGCCUGAAGCAAAAUCCGCAUUCUGACUUGGAAUCUUUCAUUGUAGACGCAAUAAAUCUGUUUGAGCUUCCCGAUUCUCCAACAAACUCUCGAGUGUCAGAUUGCGUGGAGGAGUUCGUGGGUGAUGCUCCUUUUGCCGGUCUCUUUAAAGGCUCUUCAUUAAAUUUAACAAUGGAUGGNAUUGACUUGGAAUCUUUCAUUGUAGACGCAAUAAAUCUGUUUGAGCUUACCGAUUCUCCAACAAACUCUCGAGUGUCAGAUUGCGUGGAGGAGUUCGUGGGUGAUGCUCCUUUUGCCGGUCUCUUUAAAGGCUCUUCGUUAAAUUUAACAAUGGAUGGCAAGGAAGACGGCUUUUCCAAUAAUCAUAUAUCUAGUGGGCUACGUUCACCAAGUUUGGUGCGCUCAAUAAAACCGCUUCCACCUAAGCGAAAUAUUUCACAGCAGAAAAAUAAUUCUAUCAGCAUUGAAGAUUUUAAUGAUGCGAAGGUUUGGGCCGAAAUCGACACGAUUCUAGAGAGUAUCGGCAAUGAAGUUAAUAAGGUGGAUAAGACUUUAAAAGAGGAGCUUGGAACCGAACAAACAACUACUUUUAACGUCACGAAAGACACGUUGCAAAUACGCAGGCCAGCAGACUUGUGCUUGGGAAAUAACGAUGACUGCAAUAGCACCUGGUGCCACUCGCCGAACACCCUUAUCUUUGGACAAAUACUUUACACCGUCUAUUAUCUGGGGUCAACAGUCAUUAGAGAAUUGCGUGGUACUGCUUCCACACGAAAAUCGAUACUGAAAUUUAAACGCAACGCUACACCACUGCCAGUGGUUAAAGAACGAGAAUCCAACCUGCUGAAGGAUUGUAAUAGUCUAACCAAAAUGCUAAAAGAGUCUAAUCAGGAUACACGCCUUAGAGUUGGGCUUGCGGUUUCCUCUGCUGGAGUGAAGUUUCUGAAUGCAGAAAAUAGUUCUACCAUUUGCAUACACGACAUUGAAAAUAUCAAUUGUGUAUGUCAGGAUGCUGAGGACUUGCGCUAUUUUGCGUAUAUAACGAAGGAGGAGGACAUUCACUACUGCCACGUUUUUAUGGUGGAUAAUUUGGAGCUUUCGCAAGAAAUUAUUUUAACGUUGGGUGAGGCAUUUGAGGUUGCAUAUCAGUUGGCGCUAAGCAAAGACGAUGCUACUCAUUCGAAAUUUUGGGAAAGUGUGGCCGAGAUAUAGCUUAACUAUUCGAAUGUUAAUAUAGCUUCAAAAGUUAUUUGCCUAAAUCCGUUUUAAAUUUUUUGCUAUUCUCUUGGCCAUUAUGACCUAAUAUUAUUUGUAUUAUAAAAGGUAUUUAAAACCUAGAAUGUUUUGUUUACUUUUUUCUACUAUUCGUAUGUCACGUUGAAGAUUCUGUUAAUUUUGAAUAUUUUAAUAAAAAAAUUGUUAUUUAU